AUGGUAUCGACCUCGUCACUUUCACAUAGCAUUGAAGAAACGAUGCGCAAAAAGCGAGAUACGGUCGAAAUCUUGUCGCCACGCACCGCUAGCUUCAAGGACUUUAUGCUGGAAGGGCGUUGGCACCUUGCUCUACUUAACGAGCGAAACAGGGUCGAGCCUAUCAUUUUCUAUGUUGCAUCAGAAGAUGAUUUACCAGCGAAGCUCCCGGCAGGGGUUAACACGAAUGAUUUCCUACGGUGUCGCAACGAUUGUUCCGGUAGAGGAGAAUGUAUGAAUGGGGUUUGUAAAUGCGCUGCUGGCUAUACCGGAAGUGCUUGCGAAGAAGUAAUUUGUCCUUUGGUAUGCUCGGGCAAUGGGGUUUUAUCCCUUGGGAGAUGCGUGUGUUUUGAGGGGUUCAAAGGCCGCGAGUGUGAUGUAAAGGAACAUUGGUGUGAGGUGGCUGAUUGUCACGGACGAGGACGCUGUACACCUAAAGGCGUCUGCGAUUGUAUGGCCGGAUGGGGUGGAGAUUCCUGCGAAAUAAAACUAUGCCCGCACCGGACAUGCUCCGGAAAGGGGAAAUGUCUCGAAGGCAUUUGCUAUUGUGAGGACGGCUGGACCGGGAAGACAUGCACCAGAAAUGUUCAGCGCUCAACGGCCAGCGCCUUGUCCACCGAAGUUCAGGACAAGCACGAUGAGCCGACGCAUGUCAUUGUUGAAGCAUCACCUUUAUCCCCGCCAAUACCUGACCAUGACCGACAUCAUCCGCAUCGAGCAAAAGCUAAGCCAGUGGCCAAGCCAAUUGACAAAGUCGUCGUGGAAUCACUUGCUCCUAUUGGUGUGAACGUCACCCAGCCAGGAUUGACAGAAAUACCCUGUAAUGGCAAUGGCCUGCUUGAAUCUGAUGGCUAUUGUAUCUGCAGUCCGGGCUACGAAGGGAAUGAAUGCGAAACAGAGAAUAAGCAGGCUGUUGUCCAGACGACUAGUUGCCAACCCGAAUGUAUCAAUGGUGAAUGCAAUCAGGGGAUCUGUACCUGCCAAUAUGGUUGGAAAGGAUCCGACUGUUCUAUGGCUGAAUGCGCGCUAGGUUGUGAGCAACAUGGUCGAUGUGAGAAGAAUGGAACCUGUCUGUGCGACCGUGGCUGGAAUGGCGCUAAUUGUUAUAUUGAGGGAUGUCCAAGGGAUUGUUCGGGCCAUGGACAGUGUCGAUUGGAGGGCAAUGAAUGGCAUUGUGAGUGUGAUACGGCUCGUCGUGGAGCGGACUGUUCGAUACCAAUUGAGCAUAGUUGCGACGAUGGAAUAGACAAUGAUGCCAAUGGACUAAUCGACUGUGAAGAUCCAGAGUGCUGUUCGAGUGCAACAUGCAGUCUCGAACCCACUUGUAUGAUGGCCCCAUCCCCAAAUGACGUUCUGCUCAAACUGCCUAGCCCACAAAAUGCACCUUUCUAUCAACGGGUCAUGUUUCUCGUCAAACCCGAAUCCGUCCAAAGUUAUGCGGAUAACACGUACUUUAACGAAAGCAUGGUUUCUGUAAUCCGGGGUCGAGUUGUGUGGAAUGGUGGGUCUCCAGGCGCAUCAGCUGAUCUGCCACUACCGGGUGUACGAGUUUCCGACGCCAAUCAUCCCCUUUACGGCUUCACCCUAUCCCGCCUUGAAGGAGCCUUUGAUUUGUUGGUGAAUGGAGGCCGCUCUGUGCAACUACAAUUUUUGAAGAGCCCCUUUCAGAGGAAAAAAGUAUCGAUCUAUGUCCCACCAAAUGAAAUCGUCUACCUCGAAAAUGUGAUUUUAACAACGGAAAAGACCCGAGAAGAGGAUACGGCUUCGAGGUUCAGACCUGAAUGUUUAUUAUCGAAAAGACGGAUAGAGCCGAUUGAACUCCGAACCGAUUGGGAUGUAUGGGGAGCACCAGAAGUAGAUGGGAAGCCCCGACUAUUGGCCGAUGUGGGAGCGAUCGUAGAUUCGAUGCGAAUUGCCGGAACCGAUGUCUAUUUGGUGUACGAUUCUCGGAAAGCCGAAGCGACCAAGUCUCGUCUGGAAAUUCGACUGACUGGCUCUAAUCCAGAUCCAUCUUUGCGCCUCGUGCAUCUGCGGAUCGAUAUUGCUGGGCAACGUUUCACAGAAACACUAGCCGCGAGAGCCGAUUUGACACAUACAUUCUCUUGGGAUAAACAAAACGUGUACCGACAAAUGGAAAAGGGUCUCCUUCCAACGACCGUACGAAUUGGUUACGAAUACGAUAAGUGCCACCGAAGUGGCGAAAUAUUCUGGGUGACUCAUAACGUUGAGCUGUCGGCACGUAGUCGGAAAGCGGUGUUUGGUGGUUGGACACCACAUAUCCAUCAUCACUACGACGCGAUUAAUGGUUUACUUGAAAAGGGAGAUGGGACAAGGCAGUUCCUCAUCAAAGAAAAUUUAAUUGUGGAUUUGGUGGCUGGCGCAGAUACGAAACGGGAGCUUGAAUGUUCUGAUUGUAUUACUGCAAAUUCCACAUCGCCCCUAUACCGUCCAAUUGCUGUCGCCGCUGGCUUAGAUGGAUCAACUAUUAUUGGAGAUCAAGAUCUAAUUCGACGGCUUACACCCGAUGGUCAGAUGCGUACUAUUCUGAGUCUAAGCGCGGCCGACACGAGUUACCAAUAUUCUCUAGCCGUCUCCCCAUUAGAUGGAGCUCUCUACAUAUCAAUGCCCCUGAAGAAGCAAAUCUGGAAACUUAAGGACUAUGCUUCCGAAAGUCUAGAGGAUAAUUAUGAAAUAUUGGCGGGUGAUGGCACUGCCUGCGCCUCGGCCACAUCACCAUGUGGUGAUGGGGGUGCUGCAAUUGAUGCUCAAUUACUAUUCCCUAAAGGGAUCACGAUCGAUACGGAUGGUCAUCUAUUUGUGGCCGACGGCAGAAAGAUACGCGUGAUUAACUUGGCUACAAAAACGAUCAAUGCUCUGCCGCAUUCACUUUUGGACAAAUCUUCAUCGGUUGCUUGUAGCUAUCAGCAUGGCAACUAUUUACCCCUCUCAGAAAUUCAGCUGGAAUGGCCCACUUCUCUAACAAUCGAUCAAGCGACGGGAGCAUUGUUCGUCUUGGAUUCUAAUGUUGUAUAUGAGCUCCGGAGAAAUCAACAAAUCGGUCGAAUUCUGCUAGGCUCACCAUCGGCUUGCCCAACCAAUGUAACUUCAUUGAUGUUGAAUCACGCCAGAGCGAUUGCCGCAAACCAUAAAGGCUCUUUGUUCGUGUUGGAGUCGGAUGAGAAGAAGCUGAAUCAGGUGCGGGAAUAUUCUGCACUCUGCGGGUCGCUGCAGCCGUUGGCCGGAAAAAUGUCGCCCUGUUCUUGCCAACAAAUUCCUACCCAUUCACAAUGUCGAUGUGAUGAUGAGGGUCAAAAAGAAGCUAUGGAAGCGAUAUUCAACAACCCACAAGCGCUGAUGGUUGAUGGUAAAAGCCGGAUUCUGGUGGCAGAUACUGGCAAUGCGAAGAUAAAAAUAAUUACUUCUGCUGGUGCUCGGCUUGAUCUAUCAACUAGCCAAUACCGCAUCCAAUGGCCCUCAGCUGAUGAAGUGUAUUUCUUCAAUCGAAAUGGCCUACAUAUGACCACCAGAAGUCUAUCAACAGACCGCCUUCUCUAUACAUUCAGCUAUAACGUCAACACACAUCAUGGCCGCCUCUCACAAAUCACAUCCCCAGGGGGACUUCUCCUACGUGUAAUGUGGUCGAACUCUGAUGAACAUAUGGUAGCAAUCGAGGCUCCAUCGGGCCUCAAGUCCCAACUCACAUUUUCGCCUUUUGAUGGUUCCCUGGAAACUAUCACCCUUCCGACCAGAGAAAGCAUAAAAUUCACCUACGGCAGUGGGGGCCUAUUGAAAUCACAUGUAUCGCGUGAAGAUUCGAUUAUGUUUGGCUAUGAUUCGAAUGGCAGGGCUAUAUCCAUUUCUACCCUUGUCGGAAUCUACAAGACAAGUCCUCCGCGUUUUGUUGGAGAUUUUCUGGUUGUGGAUGUCCAGAAAAAUGGGAAGAAAGUGUUGGAAAUGCGGAAUCGUCCUGGAGAGUCGUUGAUUACUGGAGAGACCACACAAAAACUGCUGGUUUUGGAUGAGAACGCAUUUGAAUGGAGUAGAGAAGAUGGGGUCAAGACACUGUACGAAAGUGAGGUGCCAGCAUUGUUGCCUGGAAGCCGGAUUGUUUCGCGAGCAAAACGGAUCAUUGGCGGACUUGAGAAGCCACCAAGCCGAGCACUUGUCUACCGCUUUGAUCGACGACCAUUCAUCGCCACAAACGGGCAAACCCGUCGCGUGGCUGAGGUCGGCAUCAGACCCAGGGUGAACGGAGUGAAUGUGUAUUCGGUUUACUAUGACAAAUUAUCAAACCGCGAUAUUUUGCGGAAAAAGGGCGACGAGCCACUCUUGCAAAUUAGUUACGGUGAAAGCGGCAAGUGCAAAAUGAUUGAAGCAGCGAAAGGUCUUGGAAUAGCGGCCAUGAAUAUCAGCCAUGACGAAUUUGGGAGGAUCAAUGAGAUCACAUGGGGAUCUAUUCGGCGUCAAUUUGCAUAUGAUCGGCAAAAUCGUUUAAUUGAAAUGAAUUGGGGUCCGGGCGAAAACCCGAAAAAAUUUACAUAUACCAAGGAUUUCCCGUUGCCCACUACUGUUGAUGAAUCAAACGGAGGACGUUAUGCGAUAAAAUUAAAUACCCACGGACUUCUUCAACAAAUCAUUACCCCGACCGAAGAAAUGCAUCAAUUCUCUACUGCUACCGUGCCCCAGGGAAUACUUUUAAAGCGCCGAAAACCUGAAUGGAAAACAGCCGCCAAGCUCCUAUCUGAUGAUAAUGGAAAUCUCUUGGAAUACCUAGCACCAGAUAAGAUGCACUAUUUGAGGAUCCAGCGCGACACUUUUGGCAGACCAGAUGCUAUCUUCAUGGAGGAAAAAUUGGAAACAAAAAUGAGAUAUGAGAGGCAGCAUCUGGCCUCGGUGAUCGGUCGCGGAUAUUCAAGACAUUUUGUCCGACAGGGCGAGCUCGCACUGGAAAUUGUGGAGUCCCGUUCAUUUCCGUACAAUUCCGGAAAUGUCACCUUCACAAUGGGCUAUGAUGAUCUUGGCCGGGCGACUUCAAUUUAUUCAAAGUUUGAUGGGAAACAACUCGAUGCGAUAAACCUGAAAUACGAUCGAUCGACAGGGCUUGUGGAUGGAAUGGCUGGAUUUACAAUCCAAAAGAUUGGGGAAACGCAAAAAAUUUUUGGGCAUGAGAUCGAAAUAAAUUCGGCUCACGACCAAAAUGGCGCCUUGAUAUCAAGGAAUGUGAUUGCUGGUCAGAAGGGAUGCCAUUUGGCAAUUAUCCGUGACAGCCAUGGACGCCAGAUUUCAACGGAAUGGAAAAGGGGCGACGAGAAAUCAACAGAAGAAUUUAUAUAUGAUGCGGCCGGUAGUAUCUCAGGCUUUGUCGGCGGAAAUAAUCAGCGAUGGGAAUACAAAUAUGACAAAGAAGGGCGUGUCGUCAGUAUCAACGACGAAACCGUGGAAUAUGGUGUUGGUGGUGUUCCCCGGAAAGUCGGCUCUCUUGCCUAUCAAACAGAUUCAAAUGGCUGGACUGUAAAACGUGGAAAAAUUACCUUUAAAUAUGACGCCCUUGGCCGUCUGGUGAAUGCAAAUGAAGAGAACGGGAGACGAGUUUCCAUCGAAUACGAUGAAAAUAAUCGCGUGAUCGGCCUGGAAAAAGAUGGAGCCCGACAGAUGUUCUACUAUGCUUGGCCACAACUUUCAAAUCAUAUAUCACACACCGCCGAUAAUAAGGGCAACGUUAAGACCUUCUUGUAUACAGAAAGCGGUGUACUGUAUGCUAUUUUGGAUGGGGAUGAGUGGAUAGCUGUCCUCACCGAUGCCACAAAUUCACCACGAUGCUUUUUGGGUGCAAAUCGGCCGAUGAAAGUUAUAGACCGGGGGCUAUUUGGUGCACCAUCAGCCAUUAACGAUCAAUUCACGAUUCCUGUUGGCCACCUUGGAGGAAUCGAUAUUCCCGAAAUGGGGGUCGUCAUUUUGAACGGCCGCCCCUUGGAUACCAAAAUUGGAAGAUGGAUGUCCUUUGGGCCAAAUGAACUAAAGUUGCCAAGAACGUUAUUAGAUGCUCGAACAGUCGUUGAUCCAUUUACACUAUCCGAAUCGCAAAUGCCGAGUGCCUCGUUGACCCUUCCCACGCAAGAUUUAAUGUCUUGGCUUUCACUCAUCGGAGUCUCUCCCAUCAUGUUUGCUGCACCACCGGCAUUCUUGGCACCGGAAAUUAGCAUCAACACCCCGGUGAUAUCGGCCGAAUUGUCUGGCUUUACCGGACGACUCAAAGCCCUUGGCCAAAUCAAUAGCGUUGGGCAAUCGGCGCUAGUUGAAAAAGUGCCUGAGGCAACUCGCGUGGCGACAACAAGGGAUGACCCAGGAUUUGGCGAUCUUAUCUUUAUUGUGACGGCUAAUCGAAAGGUCCAAAUUGAGCCAUCGCCAAAAUUGACCGCAGAGGAGCAAAAAUUCUUAUUUGAUCUUUUUGCAGAUACUGAAGAGGUACAAUGGCCAUUGGCGGAAGAAGGCUGGGCUCGACACUUCGCGACAAGCGGAAAAUUGCCCGGAAUUUUUGUUUCCGAAUCGCACCGCCAUUUCACGGCCGUCGUCGGGGCGGAUACGGUAGAGCUGCGAGCCGGCAAGACAAAGAUAUUUGUCUAUUUUGACACGAAUAAGGAUGCUGUUCGUUCAAAAUUAGCCGACGAGCUUCGACGACAGGAGGCGCACCAUGUUUGGAAGCUGGAGAAGAAAAUGUUGGAGCGAGGCUUGAAAACACGCCGGAAUUGGUCUGAAGCCGAGAAAAGCGAGCUUUUGCGACACGGCUCCGUUUCCGGCUAUUCCGUUGAGCCUCAGCCAACUUCGACUCUAAUGUCAGCCCAGCAUUGGAUUUUCCUCAAGCAGCAAACU